AUGGAGAAGUCUACGCCGUUGGCAGUGGAAGAUUUUCAGCAAGCAGAGAAGAGUGACGGGCCAUUACGACUUGACAAGUAUGGCAUGCCACUCUCACCACAGCCGUCAAAGUACAGUGAUGACCCAUUGAAUUGGUCGCCGGCAGUCAAGCUUGCGGUCACGCUACAAGUCAGCUGGCUCGCCUUCCUGGGGCCGAUGAGUGCUGCUGUCGCCAAUCCAGCUUUUGUGCCUAUUGGGAAGCACUUCAAGAUAGGCACUGUACAGGCUUCGUACUCGCUCAUGAUGUACAUUCUGUGGGCGGCAUUUGGACCCCUGCUCAGCGUACCGCUAGCGAAUAAAUAUGGGCGACGACCAGUGUAUCUCGUCAGCAAUCUUGUUGCUGGAGCCUGUAAUGUUGCGAGUGGCUACAGCACCAGCUGGGGCGGCGUCAUGGCUACCAGAGCCAUUGUUGGCAUCUUCGCUGGUAGCCCCCCUGCUAUAGGCGCAGCGACAAUAUGCGAUCUGUACUUCCUCCAUGAACGAGGCUUUUACAUCGGCAUCUUUACCUUCUUCCUCACCAACGGACCGCAUACAGCAUCGCUCAUCGGCGGCUUCGUGGCCCAAUACCUUGGUUGGAGCUACUGCUAUACAAUUCCAGGCUACAUUCAGAUCGGUACUUUCGUGAUCACACUGUUCGCUUUGCCGGAGACGUUGUACUCCCGUCGCACCACCGAUCACACGCUACGCACUUUCAAAGACUUGCUGCUGUUCCGAGCAGCACUUCCACCUCGAAAGCUGAGUUUGAUCGACUUUGCAAGACCACUUUAUAUGGCGAGAUACUUGACGGUGUUGCUCCCAGUAUUGUAUUACAUGACAACCUUCGGCUAUGGGUCGGUUCUUUUUGCUUCAACAGGCUCGCAGCUGUUCGCUCGGUAUUAUCACUUCGACACGGCACAGACCGGACUGAUCCUCAGCAUACCACUGCUCAUAGGUAGCUUCGUUGGCGAGGCAAGCACAGGAUGGUUCACUGAUUGGCUGGUACGACGAGACGCUCGCAAGAGAGAUGGCGUCAGACGUGCUGAAGCUCGGCUUGACGGGUUCUGGCUAUCUCUGCUUGUGCCUGUUGGAGUGGUGAUCGUAGGUGUUUGCAUGUACCAUCACAAUACUGUGCCAUGGAUUGGCCCCGCUAUGGGUAUGGGGAUCGCCAACCUUGGACUGCAGGCGGCGACUACAGUGACAUAUGCUUACACUACUGAUCACUUCAAGCCGCAGAGCGCGGAGAUCUCUUGUGUCAUCAAUUUUGCGCGGAGUAUCUUCUCGGCUGUCAUAUCAUUCUAUGCUAUACCACUUGCAGACAAGGUCGAUAUUGCUAAUGGUUGGGUGAUCUUCGCAUGCAUCAAUCUUGCCUUCUUCAUUCCAGCGGUUUCGCUUCGAUGGCUGGGAGGUAGCAUAUCACAGAAGACAUGGCAAGCACCGCCCACUUUCCACGAUGAUAUCUAG